ACGUUUUGAACUCCAGGUCAGGAUGUGCCCUGCCCUUGCCUGCCCUGCUUCCGGCUAGCCAGAAUUGGAAGCUCGCUCCACCCUGCAAACCGACCAGCCACGGCCACCGGAGCAGGAAACGGCAGAACGUCCCUAUUCAGCCUCGGGACGACCUCUCCAUCCCAGUUCAUUAUCCGCCCAACUCUCUCCAUUUGGCAACCCUUCCACGUCCUUUCCUUGCUCGUGUUAGUCAAGAAAUCCAGCAAGUGACAAUAUAUCAUUGCUGGCAGCACCUACUUCCCCCUCCUUCUGGCGACUGCACCCGAUCUGGCGCUCUCGCACUUCGUGUACUGCGCCCCGGCACUCUGCUUCACUUCAACUCCCUCCCUACAUCCAAAACAAUACACUAUGGUCUCAACACGAGGUCAUCCCCAGGAAUUCCCGGAACCAGACCUCACUCCACCCAAGCCAACCGCGUCGCGAGCGCAGAAAGGCAAAUGGGCUCACACGCCUUCCAAUUUAGCCAUUGUCUGGCUGUUCAUUUCCCUCCCUCUUGUCGCCUGGGACACGGGUUAUGUCAUGCUCCGGCCAUUAAGCAUGCCCGGAGGACGUCUUCACUGGCCCCUGUGGGUUCCGUAUGAGUUGUAUGGGAGGGUCGACUACAUCUAUGGUUGGAAGGCUUUCGACGAGCGAAACGGCUUCACAGCCGCCCAGGGCCUACUCAACAUUGUGGAGUCACUUAUGUACUUGUACUACCUGUACAUUGUACUUGUAUUUGGCCGCCAGACGAAUUCUCACCUUCGGGGAGCUUCUAGCCCUACGAGAAUCGGAUUCCUAGGCCAGCAGCGGUAUGUGGACGGCCAGAAAGGUGCAAUCGCGGUUUUGGUGGGUUACAGUGCGGCUGUUAUGACAUUAAGCAAAACUGUGCUCUACUGGAUGAACGAGUUUUAUUCUGGGUUCGAGAACAUCGGCCACAAUAGUAUUCAGGAUCUGAUCUUCUUAUGGAUAGUUCCAAAGUAGGUACUUUAUACGUUCUAGCGCAUAUUAACAACGCUGAUAUCUGAUGUCUAUUAGCGGUGCUUGGCUUGUCUUUCCAUCCUAUAUGAUCUACCUGAUAGGUAGUGAGAUUUUCCAAGGCUUAACAAUUGUUUCUAAUAGAAUAGUUAUAAAGACUAUAGAUAAGAUACCUUAGAGGCAAAGGCGAGUGUAAAUAAACUAUCCUAGAUUUUGUAUCAGCAAUAUGCCGCUGGACUAUUCUCGAUAUGGCUUAGCGCAUGGUCUAGGCCGCCUUAAGUGAGCCUUGGUGUGCCUACUUAGCAGGGGCUCCUUUUUGAACCUUUUUGUUUAAUGUUUAUCUUUUGUAAAAUACAACGUAUUACUAAUCAACUAAACCUUUACUAUAUUAUAAGAUAAGC